GAGCCAGCGGCCCCAGUGGAGGAGCCAGCGGCGCCAGGGGCCAGUCAAAGAGCCAGCGGUCCCAGCGGAGCAAGCGCAAUGCAGGAGCCAGCAGCUGAGCCAGCGGCCCCAGCAGAGCCAGCGGCCCGAGCGGAGCCAGCGGCUUCAUCCGGAACGUCAUCGUUGGAGGGCCAGAGUGCCGUGGAUGACGCUGCGGAAGCUGCGGAAGUUCGCAGGCGAGGGCAAGAAGCACUUCGGCAAAUGCAACACAGAACCCAGCGACGGGAGCAUCUGGCCAGAGAGGAGGCCGCGAGAAGUCGAGAGCAGGCGAUUCAGCAAGAAGUCGAGCGGCGACUCUCUGCGGCAGUGCAGCAGCAGGUGGCUGCACGAGAGAGUGCUGCGGCUCGCGAAGGCAUGGCCAUGCCUUUUCUCAUGGAGGUGCUUCAGGCUGUGGUGGGUUUGGUGAGGCGCCAAGAAGAAACACAGGCCCUUCUCCAGCGCAGUUUGGAAGCUGCCGAGCAGCAGAGACGAGAGGAGGCCCGCCAGAGGACCCGAGACGCUCAAAAUUGGGCAGCGGCAGUGAACCAGAUAACAGACUUGGUGAGAAUGCAGAUGACGGGGGGGGUGUCUACAGCCGCACCAGCAGGACAGGCCCCGGGAACGCCUGGAUUUCCUGCACCGCUGACUCCCGGUGAACGGCGACCGCCAACGCCGAAGCGGACGCGCUGCAUGCGGUGCGAGGCCUGCCUCGCCGGCCUGCCGGCAGGAGCGAAGCGACUCCCUUGCAGUCAGUGGACGACGCCAACCCUCGCGAGGGACAGCCAGGGGCGGUGGUUGUCAGUGGAGCGCUCUGCCUCACCGGCACCGGCUUGUGGUGCCAAGCGAUCGGUGGAGGAGGAAGAAGCCACGGUCAAAAAGAAGAAAGAAAAGAAAAAGGCCAGAGUCGAAGCCCCGGAACGCCAGCCAAUCAAGGUCAAGGAUGACAACGAUGACGAAUCAGAUCGCGGUCCCGGAGAUGCUUUGGGCUCUUCUGAUCCGCCUCCGCUAAUAGGGGCUUGCUAG